UUAACUUAUCUCUUGGUCAACAAUAGUGGCAUCCUAAAAAAUUAGAUUCUUGUCACGAUAAGAGAUAUUUAUAGCUGUUGCAUUUACUCAUUGUGGGGGCAACUUAACCGGUGACCGAUUCCUAGUCCCUGAAUCUAUAUAUAUGGCUAUCAUUUGGUAGCAUAUUAGCAACCAAGAGACCUUGAUAGUAAGAUCAUUACCUUAUACUUAUAAUUUGUUCAGAACCUCCUCCUUGUCCAUCUCCAAGGAGGUAUAAACUACCAUCCACCAUGAAUGGUGAUCAAGAACUACAAGUCAUCGUUCAGCAGGGAAAAGAACCAAACACAACAGUGCAAGAAGAAAGAAACCAAACAGGAGUAACUCACUCAAACACAUACAAACGGUGCCUCCGGGUGGCGGUCUAUACAUUCUUUGUCAUCUCAGGCCAAUCAGUUGCUACAAUUCUGGGAAGAAUCUACUAUGACAACGGAGGAAACAGCAAGUGGCUAGCAACGGUUGUUCAACUCGUAGGCUUUCCUGUUCUGCUUCCAUAUUAUCUCUUGUCAAUCAAAACACAUACAACAACAACUCAUAGAGAUGAUGGCAAAGCAGCCUCACUUAAGAACCGUGUAUUGGUUUACCUAGUUCUUGGAGUUCUUGUAGGAGCAGAUUGCUAUCUAUACUCCAUUGGACUGCUUUACCUACCUGUUUCAACCUAUUCACUCAUCUGUGCAUCUCAGCUAGCCUUCAACGCUUUCUUCUCUUAUUUCCUCAACUCACAGAAGCUCACUCCCAUCAUUUUGAACUCUCUUUUGCUCCUAACUAUAUCCUCCACCCUCCUCGCCUUCAACAACGAGGAUUCAAACUCUCAGAAAGUUACAAAAGCACAGUAUGUCACAAGCUUCUUAUGCACUAUCGGUGCUUCUGCUGGGUUUGGUCUAGUCUUAUCCUUACAACAGCUAGCCUUCCGUAGAGUACUAAAGAGGCAGACUUUCACAGAAGUUAUGGAUAUGAUCAUCUACAUGAGUCUAGUGGCCAGCUGUGUUAGUUUGGUGGGGCUUUUCGCUAGCAGCGAGUGGAAAACUCUAAGCAGUGAGAUGGACAACUAUAAGCUUGGGAAGGUGUCUUACGUUAUGAACCUGGUGUGGACAGCUAUUACCUGGCAAGUAUUCAACAUCGGCGGCACGGGACUGAUCUUUGAGCUUUCCUCUCUGUUCUCAAAUGCGAUAAGCGUAUUGGGGCUGCCUGUGGUUCCUAUUAUGGCUGUCAUCAUUUUUCAUGAUAAAAUGAAUGGGUUAAAGGUGAUUUCUAUGAUCUUGGCUAUUUGGGGUUUCAUGUCCUAUGUCUACCAACACUAUCUUGAUGACAAAAACUUGAAGAGAAGUGUUGGAAUCCAAAGAGUAGAAUCCUCUGACACAACAGAAGCAGAAGGACCAAAUGUGCAAAAGAUAGAGACGUCAGCAAGCUGAUUACAAAACUUCAUUGAUUAUACUUGCGUUCAGAGCAACCAAAGAUGAGUAGCAUUACGAAAAAUGUAUUUCAACACUGUAGUGAAAGAUAGGGUGUAAACUUUGUAGCUAUUCUAAGUUGUUGUAAUGCAAUUUAUGUAAUGAGAAUAGUUCCCAAAAUCAAAGCUUACAUCAGGCAACCAA